CCGCCCGUCAGUCAGUCAGGCAGGCAGGCAGUCGGUCCGAGCGGCUGGCUGCUCCUCGCCUCUCCCGCGCGGCGGCCUCCCUCUUCCCUCCCGGCCAGCGGCGGCGGCUGCAGCGGCGGCGGCGCGGUCCCCCGGGAGGCGCGGCGUGGGCCGAGCGGCGGCCGCGGAGCGUCGAGCCCAGCGCGGCGGCUGCUGCGGCCCGGCAGCCAACAUGGCGGCGGCGGCGGCGGGCGCGGGCCCCGAGAUGGUCCGCGGGCAGGUGUUCGACGUGGGGCCGCGUUACACCAACCUCUCUUACAUCGGCGAGGGCGCCUACGGCAUGGUGUGCUCUGCUUAUGAUAAUGUCAACAAAGUUCGAGUAGCUAUCAAGAAAAUCAGCCCUUUUGAGCACCAGACCUACUGCCAGAGAACCCUGAGGGAGAUAAAAAUCUUACUGCGCUUCAGACAUGAGAACAUCAUUGGAAUCAAUGAUAUUAUUCGAGCACCAACCAUCGAGCAGAUGAAAGAUGUAUAUAUAGUACAGGACCUCAUGGAAACAGAUCUCUACAAGCUCUUGAAGACGCAACACCUCAGCAACGACCAUAUCUGCUAUUUUCUUUACCAGAUCCUCAGAGGGUUAAAAUAUAUCCAUUCAGCUAAUGUGCUGCACCGUGACCUCAAACCUUCCAACCUGCUGCUCAACACCACCUGCGAUCUCAAGAUCUGUGACUUUGGCUUGGCCCGUGUUGCAGAUCCGGACCAUGAUCACACAGGGUUCCUGACGGAGUAUGUUGCCACACGUUGGUACAGGGCUCCGGAAAUUAUGUUGAAUUCCAAGGGCUACACCAAGUCCAUUGAUAUUUGGUCUGUAGGCUGCAUCCUGGCAGAGAUGCUCUCCAACAGGCCCAUCUUCCCGGGGAAGCAUUACCUCGACCAACUGAACCACAUUCUGGGUAUUCUUGGAUCCCCAUCCCAGGAAGACCUGAAUUGUAUAAUAAAUUUAAAAGCUAGAAACUAUUUGCUUUCUCUUCCGCACAAAAAUAAGGUGCCAUGGAACAGGCUGUUCCCAAAUGCUGACUCCAAAGCUCUGGAUUUACUGGACAAGAUGUUGACGUUCAACCCUCAUAAGAGGAUUGAGGUGGAACAGGCUCUGGCCCACCCAUACCUGGAGCAGUACUACGACCCAAGUGACGAGCCCAUCGCCGAAGCACCAUUCAAGUUUGACAUGGAAUUGGAUGACUUGCCCAAGGAAAAGCUCAAAGAACUCAUUUUUGAAGAGACUGCUAGAUUCCAGCCAGGAUACAGAUCUUAAAUUUCUCAGGACACGGGCUCCGAGGACGGGCCACGCGCAGGCAUCGCUGUUCUUCCUCCCAGCUCCUGACCCCGGGCCUGUCUCCAGCCUGUCUCGGCGUGUCCACCUGACUCCUUUGAGCCGUUCGGAGGGGCAGUUUCUGGUAGUUGUGGCUUUUAUGCUUUCAAAGAAUUCCUUCAGUCCAGAGAACUGUUCCUGGCACCCCUGUGUGUGUCGCCCUCCGGUGACCUGUGGCAGUACGUACUUAAGGGCACCUACUGCUCACCUUGCUUUAGUCACUAAUCGCUUUCUGGUUUGAAAGAUGCAGUGGUUCCACCCUCUCUAAUCCUCCCUCCCGAUGCCCUGCUGACCCCGCCCUCACCGUCGGUCACUGCGUCUCACCUUCCGGGAGGGCGGCCGCUCCUCGGGCACUUUAAGGCAGUGACGGCCCCUCUUUGCACUCCUCUCCCACCCUGCCGGGGCCCCUGCAGCUCGUGCUCCCGCCCCUGGACCCUGUGGGUGCUCGGCAGCACCUCUCCUCGUGUCAUGUUAAUCCCUAGCAGAUGUAAGGUAUAUGUACUGCUUGCCCAGCAUUUAGAAAAUUCAGUCCUUUUUCUAAAUAAAAGGAAGAAGUCCUGCAUCAGGCAGUUCCACCUGUACCAUUUACAGGGGCGCAACACUUGCCAAAAUGUGUUAUAUACAGUUCUGGGUGUUUGCAAGACUUAUGCAAAAAGACGUAAAGUGGCAGCUUCUCUCGGGAUUUGGUGAGAGGUGCGCGAGGUCAUGCAGGCUGCCCAGGUGGUAUGGGGCUGAGCUCCACGCCCAGUGGGCACAGGUGCCACGGGCGCUGUAGCCACGCUCGAUGCCUGAGGGUCUAGCAGAGAGGAACACUGCAUCUUUCAAUGAGAAAGUGUACACUUCCUUUUCCUCCUACAGCAUGUCAGCAUCUCAAGUUCAUUUUCAACCUACAAUAUAACAGUUUGUAAUAAAGCCUCCAUGAGCUCACGACUGGAGCACUGUUCUGUCGUCAAGUGCUCGCUCACGUCUCUGAUGUCACUGAGCUCAGGCCGUCAGGAGCAGCUAGCACUAGGUCCUGCGUGCGUGGAGCCCUCGCCCCUGCCCUCCUGAGCCCUCUAGUGUUUGUUCCCGCCGCCGCACCCUGUGGUGUGGACUCGGUGUUCUGUCCCCGUGCGGUGCCUCCUCUUGACUCCCCCACUGCUCUCUGUGGUGAGAAAUCUGCCUUGUUCAGUAAUUACUGUACCCUCGCAUGACUGUUAUAGCUUUCUGUGCGGAGAUGACUGUCCAAGUGCCACAUGCCUAUGAUUGAAACAAAAAAUCUAUUGUUACCUCUGAGUUGUGUUCCACGGAAAAUGCUAUCCAGCAGAUCACUUAGGAAAAAUAAUUCUAUUUUUAGCUUUUCAUUUCUCAGCUGUCCUUUUUUUCUUGUUUGAUUUUUGACAGCAAUGGAGAAUGGGUUAUAUAAAGACUGCCUGCUAAUAUGAACAGCAAUGCACUUGUAAUUCAUGGAAAUAAAUGUACAUCUUCUAUCUUCA